UGUUUCGUUAGCAGUUUUCAGCAAACUUUUUGCAGUUUCCAGAUCAAAAUUAGUUCUUCCUGUUUAAGCAAAAGGAAUCUUACAAUUUGCAUUCGCAAAUUACAUUUGUACAUCGGCGAAAAGUCUAAAGUCAUAUGCUGUGACUAAUUCAGAAAAUCGUUCCUAAUUGUGUGCUGUUUGGAAGUUGAUUAACUUAAUGUUUCCUUGUCACUGAAAAAAAUAGUUUUAUGUGCUUGUGUUGCUCGCCCUGUGAUUAUUCUGUCUGAUGUGUCGUGCCUCCAAACUAGUGUCAUAAUUGUUGGAAAAGUAUUUUUAUCUGUUGUUGAUUUUAUCUAACCCUCGUCGGACGUCGUGUUCGGACUGUGUGCUAGUGGUGAUCCUUUUGCUCACCCACACGGUUAUUCUGCUUUCUGUGUGAUCAUUGCAUUUCAAUCGAAUCACCCAUCGAGCGUGGUCGUCAUUCAUCGUCUAGUAUAGUAGGAACCUGUCAAGACGCAGAGGAAGAACGUAUACACGAACAACUCGGAGCAGUAGCAGCAGCAGCUGAGGCGCUUUAACCUUUCUGACAUUGAAACUGCUCGUGUUGGCUCGAGCUCAGCGAAGCUCACUUCUCUCUGUGAAUCGGUACAGGCAACAGCCAGAAAGUCUUAGUUCUAGUUCCCGGUGAAAUUGCUUCUCGAACCGCUGCAGAACGGAAACUGGAUGGCCAACAGUAGCUAAUUGUUGAACGCAAUUGUUUUGCAUUUUGGUUUAUCUUUUUUCCCCAUUCGUUGGCGACUCCGUUCGACGGGUUCCAAUCGGUUCCAAUUGUGGUGAUUCGGCCAACGGGUGUCGGUAAUUUUCCGUCGUUAGUGACCGGCGGAGGAAGAUAAGCGGACGUAAAAGGAUGGCCAAAGACGAGGAGGACGAUUUGCUGCCCGAUAAGGAUGCUGCCAAAGGUUUCUACGCCAAGUACGAACCGAAGGAAAUUCUCGGAAGAGGCAUCAGUUCCACGGUCCGGCGAUGCAUCGAAAAGGAAACCGGCAAGGAGUUUGCGGCCAAAAUCAUCGAUCUCGGUGCGGCCGAAUCGGGCGACUCGAAUCACAUGCUGGAAGCGACCCGACAGGAGAUCCAAAUCCUCCGGCAGGUCAUGGGACACAAGUUCAUCAUUGAGCUGCAAGAUGUGUUCGAAUCAGAUGCUUUCAUUUUUUUGGUUUUCGAACUGUGCCGGCAGGGCGAGCUGUUUGACUAUCUGACAUCGGUGGUGACACUGUCCGAGAAGAAGUCGCGUUAUAUUAUGAGACAAAUCUUCGAGGGAGUCGACUACAUCCACUCGCGGAACAUUGUUCAUCGCGAUUUGAAACCGGAAAACAUCCUGCUGGAUGACAGUUUGAAUGUGAAAAUUACCGAUUUCGGUUUUGCACGUAAACUUAAGGAUGGCGAGAAAUUGUACGAUCUGUGCGGCACGCCUGGCUACUUAGCACCGGAAACGCUUAAAUGCAACAUGUUUGAGGACGCCGUCGGUUACUCGAAGGAAGUCGAUAUUUGGGCUUGUGGUGUCAUUAUGUUCACACUGCUGGUCGGUUGUCCACCCUUCUGGCACCGGAAGCAGAUGGUCAUGCUGCGGAACAUCAUGGAAGGCAAAUACAGCUUUACCUCACCCGAGUGGGCUGACAUUUCCGAGGAUCCCAAAGACCUAAUUCGUAAGUGUCUGGUGGUGGACCCGACGAAGCGCAUCACCGUGACAGAGGCCUUGAAGCAUCCGUUCUUCAAUACAGUACUUUUCGAACAAGACAUUGGCCCGCUGAAGCGCAGCCUGUCGGCCAAAUCGAGACGGUUGAGUCGUAUCGCCGACCUGGCACUGACCAAUCAGCAGAACGUUCCGGAAAAUUUACGUAAACAAAGUCAGUUUAAUGCUAGAAAAAAGUUUCAAUUCGCUAUAUUAUGUGUUAGAGCAAUGGUUAGAAUUAAAAGGCUGCGGUACACACCGGAACCGUUGCGGACCGAGGACGCACUCCGAGAUCCCUACCGCAUCAAGGUGCUGCGAAAGGUCAUCGAUGGUUGUGCGUUUCGAGUGUACGGCCACUGGGUCAAGAAGGGCGAAGGUCAGAACCGGGCCGCCCUGUUCGAGAACACCCCUCGAUGCGAGGUUUAUAAUCUUUACAUCAACAGUCUUACUCGAUAAGGUGCUGUAGGAUGUCGGUGGCGGAAGGGGUGGACGGUUUUUUUCCCCGGUGGACUAACCCGCCCGUGUUAGAAGCUGCCAGACCAGUCAGCCAAAUCAGCCAACCAGUCUGGAAACAUCGAGGAAUCGACGACGGAUAUCAGGGUUAAAUUCUGGCGGAGUUUUUUUGUUAUAGGCAACGGCGGAAUUGUGCCUUGUUCGGGCUUGUUGGCAUCAUGAGUUCUUAUUUCUUAUUUUCGUUCUUUUGGUUUAGACAAAAAUGCAGCGCAACCGAAUUUCGGGAUUCUAGUAGCACAAAGUGAACAGUGAGUUCGUGAAUAUCCGAUUCGGGCGCUGUUUCAGAGUGGGGGGGUGGAAAUAGGUUAUCAUAUCUAGUGUAGAGUGUUAUCACAGUACGAAUAAUUAAAUAUUCUAAAUGUUCUAAAUUUAUUUAUUUGAUUUCCUUUGAAGAAAAAAAAACAAGUUUCUACCGAACCGAUGGAGCAAUCGAUCAGGUUUGACUUAACAAGACUUGAUUGUCUGACAAAUGAAACUCGAUUCGAACUGAGAAGCAAUUAGUUCAUAUCACGAAAAAAUAAGCUUUUUCCUUUAGUUCAAGUAAUUCGUUUAUAUCUAAGUAUUCCUUUGAUCAUGUUUUGAUUUUUAACCCCACAUCGAUUAUAUAUCCGGUAGAGCAAUCCGAAAUAAUAACCAAACUUGCAUAUAUGACCUAAAACACACUGUUGAGUAGAUAUUGCAAUUGUUUCUUGAUAUUACAAAACAUUCAGUUGCCUUGCUGUAUAGGAAAACUAGGUGAAGAAUGUAGGUUAUAAAAAAAAUGUGCAGCAUGACUAGUAUCAGACAUUUAAAUAUAUAAAUAUAUGUACACUAGGAAAAUGUAAUUCGGAAGAGCUAUCGUACUCUUCGUCCUAGACCACUGGAAAACUACUGACUAGAAUCUAUUGUCUGUACGCAGUGAAUCUGAUAUGUUUUGUCAGAACGAUGUUGAUUUUCAAACACAUAGUUGGAGUAAAACAUGA